UGUGGGGAUCUCGGCGUGCCGAGAGAAGAGAUAAAAGUCCGUUAUAUAAACGUUUGGAAAGACGGGCGCCGCAGCAGCAGCAGCAGCAGCAUCAUCUCAUUGCUUAUUCCUUCCUCUGUGCCGUUGAUGAUAACAUGGUGUUCUACAAGUGUUCUUUCGUGUUUCUUCUCUGCGUCGUUUCGUUCGCAGAAUGUUUUAAUGUAAUAACGAGGAGUGAAUGGGGCGCGAGGGCACCCAGAUGGGCACCGACUCCGCUUUCCGUGAAUCCAGCAUCUCACGUGAUCAUUCACCAUGGAGACAGUAAUCCCUGCACAACGAGGGACAAAUGCACGGCGAAAGUGAAGAUCUACCAGGCGGAUCAUAUCAAUAAUAGGAGAUGGAGUGACAUCGGUUACAACUUUGUCGUGGGCGAGGAUGGAAACGUUUACGAAGGAAGAGGUUGGGGAAAGCAAGGAUCUCACGCAGCUCCUUACAACGAGAAGAGCAUUGGAAUUUCCGUCAUUGGAAGAUUCGAUGAUAUUUCACCAAAUUCUGCGGCUUUGAAUGCAGUCAAAGAACUAAUAGCUUAUGGAGUUGCCAACGGAAAGAUUCAAUCCAAUUACAAAUUGGUCGGUCACAGACAGGUCAAAGGCACGAAAUGUCCCGGACAAGCCUUCUACAAUAUCAUCAAAACUUGGCCAAAUUACGCAGCAAACCCAUAAAACCCAACAAAUAAAUUGUAUUACUUUUUAUUUAUUAAU